AACGAAUUGUAUGGGCAAUAGAACAUAGAGCACACACAACGAAUGUAGCCACUGCUUUUCGAGAAACAGUAGCCACGAUUUUUAAACUUCUAUAGUCGUUUUAAACGGAGCAUGCAAACCAAUUCAGGGGAAAGAGGCCUAGUCGAGGAUAAGCUACAGGAUAACCAUAGCACCCUUUUUUUUUUUACAAGGGAAUAAAGCCGGGUGUUCUGCAUCUCUCGCUUCUCCUCAGUCCUCAGCCAUCUUGACUGCUCCUGCUCGCCUGAAGGCUAUAUUUUCUCCUCCCGCUCCUCCUCUGAAAGUAUACACGGUUUGCAAAUCGCUUGCAACUCCGUGCCAAAAGAGUAAGCGAGAUGGGUUCACUGUACACGAUCUAAUUAGACUGCGCAGGCUCUGGCAAGAGACAGGAGCAGGCAGAGGAGGACUACUGUACUGCUGUUUUAUCAACAGAGGAGAGGGAUCCGAUAAAGGAUGGAGUGCUACCUGUCGGGGAUAUACCUGCUUCUCUCACUUGCUAUUUUACCGAGAUCCAGCGGCACCACGGCGAAGGAGAUCACCUGCCAAGAGAUUGCCGUGCCUCUGUGCAAGGGGAUCGGCUACAACUAUACCUACAUGCCCAACCAGUUCAAUCACGACACCCAGGACGAGGCGGGUUUGGAGGUACACCAGUUCUGGCCUCUGGUUGAAAUCCAGUGCUCGCCGGACCUCAAGUUCUUUCUUUGCAGCAUGUACACUCCUAUUUGCCUAGAGGACUAUAAGAAACCACUGCCACCGUGCCGGAGCGUCUGCGAGAGAGCGAAGGCAGGCUGUGCGCCUCUUAUGAGGCAGUAUGGUUUUCCCUGGCCAGACAGAAUGAAAUGUGACUCGCUACCGGUUCAAGGCAAUCCGGAGAUGUUAUGUAUGGACUACAAUAGGACUCACUCGACCACAGUAUCACCGGUCCUUUCUAAGCCUACCAACUAUCCGGGUAAGGCGUUUAACCCUAAUAAAAACAACAAAGGACACAAUCGACCCGGUGUUCCCGGUAAAUACAAACCGCCGGCUCCCUGCGAGCCGCAGUGCAAGUGUCUUUCGCCCAUGGUCCCGGUAAACACUGACCGGCAUCACCUCUACAACCGGGUGAAGACCGGGCAGCUUUUAAACUGCGCCAUGCCCUGCCAUAACCCCUAUUUUACGCAAGACGAGAGAACGUUUACCGCGUUCUGGAUAGGUCUGUGGUCCGUGUUAUGUUUUGUGUCCACGUUCGCAACGGUUGCCACUUUUCUCAUAGACAUGGAGCGGUUCAAGUACCCAGAGAGACCCAUUAUUUUCCUCUCUGCCUGUUACAUGUUUGUUUCCAUCGGGUAUAUCGUCAGACUAAUCGCUGGACACGAAAAGGUGGCCUGCAACCGGGAGUAUGACGUGGAACACAUUCACUAUGAGACCACUGGCCCUGCACUCUGUACUGUUGUGUUUCUUUUGAUUUAUUUCUUCGGCAUGGCCAGUUCUAUCUGGUGGGUCAUUCUCUCUUUGACAUGGUUCCUGGCUGCUGGGAUGAAAUGGGGAAACGAAGCCAUAGCCAGUUACUCCCAAUAUUUUCACCUGGCUGCUUGGCUUAUCCCUAGUAUGAAAUCUAUUGCUGUGUUGGCCCUCAGCUCUGUGGACGGGGACUCAGUGGCUGGAAUCUGCUACGUUGGCAAUCAAAACUUGGACAAUCUGAGAGGAUUCGUGUUGGCCCCCCUGGUCAUAUAUUUAUUUAUCGGCACUAUGUUCCUCCUGGCCGGGUUUGUGUCCCUGUUCAGGAUACGCAGCGUGAUCAAACAGGGUGGCACCAAAACAGACAAGCUGGAGAAGUUGAUGAUAAGGAUAGGGAUAUUCACCGUGUUGUACACCGUACCUGCCACUAUUAUAGUGGCCUGUUACUUCUACGAGCAGCACAACAGACAGAGUUGGGAGAUCACCCACAACUGCUCCUGUCUGUCGGAGCAUGAACUGAACAAGCCGGACUAUGCAGUCUUCAUGUUGAAGUACUUUAUGUGCCUUCUGGUGGGCAUUACGUCCGGCGUGUGGAUAUGGUCGGGGAAGACCCUGGAAUCAUGGAGGACCUUCUGCACGCGCUGCUGUUGGGGUAGCAAAGGCACCAGUGGCUCAAUGUACAGUGACGUGAGCACAGGACUAACCUGGAGAUCGGGUACUGCCAGCUCUGUAUCUUGCCCAAAACAGAUGCCAUUGUCACAGGUUUGAAGAGAAACCCAUGGAUGGACUAAUGGGCUAAUUGUUCCGGAGCUUGGCUAGCACUCUUUUUUUAUACCAGUUAGCAUUUUAACAUACUGUUGAAGAACUGGUUAUAACAUUGUAGCCUACCUGGCAUUAACAAGAGUUCAUUCCUACCCAUUCAUAUGUAUAGAACGAGCAGACUGACAUUUCUGGGCACAUGGGCAUUAUGUGUUCUUUCUUUUUACGCAAAGAAACAUUUAGUUCAUAACCCUAUAAGGACUGAUUGAUAACCUUAACAUAGUGCCAGUCAGAUGUAAUUGUAUAAAUCAAUCAGAACAAUAUCAAAGAUGGUUUAAAUUAAGCCUUAAUAGUGCCCAAAUAUUAUACGUGUCAUUUUUUUAAUUAUAAAGAUGUAUUUAUAUAAUGGUUAUGUACAAACUUGUAAAUUCUGUAUAAAAGAAAAUGUAUAAGCUAUUGUAAAUGUGUAUAAAGUGUAGAAGAUGUCUCUUUGUAAAAAAGCAAAUAUGACUUUUAUUUUGACAAUAAAAAUAAACAUUUUGAUAAAU